UGUUAUAUUGCUGGCCCUCUUUGACUUUGCAAAGUUGGUCCUUUUCAGCUUUUGCCAUAUCAUGUUUCAUCAGGAAGAAAUUUGACUGCUGGUAAAUAUUGAACUUCCUUGCAUCUAUUCAGACAUGUAAAUUACGCAUUGAUUUCAGUGUUGAAAACAAUGUGCAUAAUAAUGCAUGCAUAAUUUUUGAUCAACUGAAUCAGCUCAGUGGUUUCUUCCAAAAUGGGCUAAUUUCUAAAAGCAAACUUUGAAUUUUAAGCCUUAUCUUAUUUCAUACAUGUGUGAUUGAAUACUUUCACAAAGCAGAGGAUCAUAAUUCUAAUGUAGUGUUAUAUUAAAAGCUGGUAAAGCGAUAUAGUAGAUGUUCGGAAACAAUUAUUCCACCCCUCCUAGAUUAUCACAUACAUUUAAUCUCCAGGCACUUGUACGGGUCUGGAAUUUAGCCCAUUUUUUCAACAGCAGUGAAUAUACUAAAUUUGUUGAUUUCUUUGUGUUUCUGAACAGGUAUCAUGGCAAAGCCACCUGCUGUGGACAAUAGCUAUGUCCAACUUACCUUCAAGUGCAGUGAGAAUGAAUUAGUUGCACUGAAGCGAGCUAAGAAAGAACCUGGAGCUCUAACAGGGAAGAGUGUUGUGGUGUUGAAGCCCUGUGAUGUUGUAGAAAGGGAUGGCACAGUGUUCAUGCCGAACACAAUUGAAAUGGCUCAACUUAAAAAAUCAGAAAAAGGACAGUUUAAAACAAAUGUGCAGAUUUCUUCAAAGAUGAGUGAAAGUGACAUAAAACUGAUAUUAGUGGAGACCUUUCCCUUCCUUGAAAAUAAAAGGUAAUAAUAUUGCUACACUGAUGGAACAGUUAUAUUUACUCUCAUACAUGUACAUCACAGUCAAGCAUUUUGAUGUUUUAAAAAUAUUGUCUGGACCGAUUCUUUGUCCCUUUGGAAUUCUAAGGAAAUGGAGUAUUUAAAUGCUAGUGAAUGAGAAACCUCGGUUGUGUCCCAACUCAGUUUGACAAAAUAAAAAAUUCUCCUCCCACUUUGCAAGGUGUACCAGGGGUGGACAGAGGAUUUUGUGAUAGAGGGGGCCCAAAUAUAUAGUAGGCAGUGGCAUUAUGGGUGCAAUAGCACCCAUCAGGACUGCGAGCGGCGCACUUUUCUAGGGAGGUUCAGGUGCAUGCUCCUCUGUGAAAAUUUUCGAGUUUGAAGUUCUCUGAGAUGCAAUCUAGCGCAUUCUGGACACUUAAAUCUAGCAAAUGCCUGGAUUCAAUUUUGAACAUGUAAUGCUGAAAUAUUAAAUAACCACAAAAGAGGAGGCCGGGGCCCCCUGGGCCCACCCCUAAAUCCACUCUUGUGCACAAAUGAAGGGGUCUAACUCCUGGACUUUUGAUAAACUUUCAGUUUCUCCUUUUAAUAUUAAUUUGUGCUUGUUUGCAAUGUGAAAAAUUUGUGAAGAUUAAUUGACCCUUUAAAGGUCAUUGCAGAUCACAGGUUACUUAUAUAGAUACCUUUUUCCCCAUGCGUUCUUCAACCUCAACAGGAUUUGCAAAAAUGCUUCGGGAAUUUAGAAUUUCUUGAUUAAUUUUUCUUUUUUGUCAUGGUUUCUUUUAAAACUCUUUUAUGUAGAUUUUAUUGUGCAGGAGCAGCUGACAAUCGAACAAGGUUAGACUUCCAUGGAGACCGUCGGAUUUGGGAUGGACGUCUUAUAAAGCAGAAAAUAAAGGGAAACUCCGCUCUCUACAUUUAUACUGAUGGGGUAUUAUCAGAUGGCUAUUGUAGUAAAAUUAAUUACUGUUUUCAUUAUUGUUAUUGAACCUUAUGGUAGUCUUACUGUUUGUCAGGUUAAGCUUUUCCACCUUCCUUGCAGUAACAGCCCAUCAGAGGCCUGAUUCAAAAGAUGCAUAGACUACGAGCAGUCUCUUUUUUCUUAGUCCGUCGAGCGAAACGCACGUGACACGAAAAUGACCACGCUCGUGACUGAAGGCGCCGCCCUCGUUUCUCGACUCGUCUCGCGGUUUUGUCGCUCAACGCUCGCGCGCGCGUGCACUCCGCAGUAAAUCUGAAGAAAAAGAGAGACUGCUCGCAGUCUUACAGAUGCACUCUGCAGUUCAAUAUGAUAACUAGCUGUAUUUGAGAAGAAAAAGAGACUGAUGGCACACAAAUAGCCCGCGAAAGCAUCCGUUUCUCCUCGCUCUUCGCCGCUGAGGACGUUUCGCGUGAAACGUCCCUAGGGGUGAGAGCGAGAAGAAAUGAAUGUUUUCGCAGGCUAGUACACAAAGCUUUGACUUCUCUCAUUUACUGGCAUUUAUUGCAUUGUUUGUCUAGUAUAUAAAACCCUAUAAGAUCAUAAAUCUAUUUCUGCUUAUAGAAGGCGAGAAUUUUGGCGCUAAACUCACACACUUCUGUGGCUUUUGAUUGGACAUGUCAUUUUUCUCACAUAUGGAAAAACACAUCGUUCACUUCUCUGAUUGGCUAGAACUCAUUUGCGAACAAAAAUUGAUGACAUAGCUUUUCAGUGAGAAUAUCUCAGUACAUGUAUAUAAUAAAUUUCGUUUGCAAAUGAGUUCUGACCAAUUGUAAUGCUUUUGGUCCUAUACAUGUACAAAUGCACGUAGCUUAAUGCUACACAUAGGAGAGAUUCUCCAAUCAUGAAUAUGUACUGUUAUCUUUUAUACUUAUACCUAACUUGACAGAAUCAUGAAAUAUUUUUGUUGUUAUUUUGUCUUAGGGAAGCAUGAGCAUGAAGCAUGAGCUCAAGGCUCCUAAAUUUUCAGAAACGCUGACAACACUAAAACGAUCCCAUGACCAGAUCACAUCUCCAGGGAAUGAAACGGCUGAGCGUUCACCAAAGAUAGAAGGAGCAUCCGAAGAUGCUUUAGAACCCUUAAAAAAUUUUCCUGCGGGAGGAGAAAAACAUGCUAAGCGAUAUGCAGCCAGUGAUUCACGUGAUUCAAGUUAUGCCACCGCAGGAACGUUUGGGCAAGAAGGUUUGCCAAGGGAAGAAACAACUGUGAAGAAAAGUGAUCAACCGAAUCCAAUUGAAGGAUUGUCACAGUUGCGGCAAAAACUGCCAGACAGAGUCGCUGGAGUGAGCAGUCAACCUGGAAUCAUAUUGCCAGGCAGUCAAUCUAAGAAGUUGACGCCAGUUCAGGAUAGCAUGAAUGCAAGAGACAUAAGUGCUGUGCCGGCACAUUCCAUGCAAAUGGGUAAAUCAUUACAUUACACAGUGUUCAAUUGUACCAUUAGCCUGCAAACAAGCUCUCCUUUUGGGGGAGUCGCUAUCCUCGGAUACCCAGGGGCGGUUAGAUCAGUUCCGUUCAAUCUUUUUGUGUCUCUGGGGAGAAAAAUUUGACAACAAACUCACAAACUUUAAAGGACGAAGAAAUUUCUCCUGCACGUGCCUGACAAAUAUGCCGAGCUGGCGUAAACAGCCACGCACACGAUUUCGCAUGAACAAGCUUAGAGGAACUGUUUACGAAUUUACCUUCGAUCAGCUCCACAGUCUGAUUUCUUCAAUAGACCUUUUUACCGAUACGGCGGCCAUAUUAAAUUAAUUAGAUUUAAGGAGUAUUAUGGGAUGCCCAGGGGCAUGAGCUCGAUCCGAUAUACUCGCUCAGUAUUUACGCGCGCUUUUAAGGCCAAUUUUUCUUCAAGUUUUCCUAGAAGAAGAUCGUAAUGGGAAAAAAAGAUCGUUGUGCCGUGUUUGGAUGAAAUAAUGAUCGCCUUUUUCCCGAGGAAUAUACAUUGAAGUUCUCUUUUUGCCCGAAAAGUCCGCGUAAAUACUGAGCGAGUGCCCCCUGGGCAUCCCAUGAUACUCCUUAAAUCUAAUUAAUUUAAUAUGGCCGCCGUAUCGGUAAAAAGGUCUAUUAAGUAAAUUCGUAAACAGUUCCUCUAAGCUUGUUCAUGCAAAAUCGUGUACGUGGCUGUUUACGCCAGCUCGGCAUUUUUUUACCGCCGUAUCGGUAAAAAGGUUUAUUCGUGCAUUUUUGUCACCUUUAUUAAGCGGUUAUCAAGGGUUUGAUACAGUUAGUUUGGAUUUUUUUUUGAAAACGUGAAGAAGGAAAAUACAAUCCGAAAAGGAAGGUGGCAACUGAUGGUGGACCAGUAAAAAUAAAGUGAUCUUUAAGCUAAAGAGCUUGUUAAUUUCUGACCAACCACUAUUAAGAGGCCAACCUCCACUUAGUACGGCGCUUCUCGGUACAAUAUAUGUGCUAUCCACCUCGGCUUUCGCCCUCAGCCGAUAUCCCUUGCCUCGACCUUGAUUAAUCCAGAUAUCGUGAAGACCUCAUCCAAUAAUUGUUUAUAAUUUCUUCCAGGCUGUCCAAAUAUUUUAAACGCCAAAGUUUUCUCUCAAUACAUCUAAAUACAUGUAUGACGAUAUGUUACACGAAGUUCCUUCUCGCCCUUUUCCCCUUCCGUCUCGCCCUUACCACGAAGGCUUGCUAUUCACUACAGACGCUCGACCUAGGUGUGUCGCAACAACGCGCGGGAGUUGAAUGUAUACAGCCAUUUCGAGAAAGGUGCACGCGAAAGUCCCGAAAGGUAAUAUGGGAUAUGUUCAAUACACUUUUCCUAACACUGUAGCUGUCAAACCUACUUUUGUUGCUUUCCUUUAGCACUCGCAGACAUAUGUCCAUGAAUUAUCUUGCCAUUCUUUCAAAUUUAUUUGAAAAACAGUGAACUCAACACCACCCACAAUACCUUUCGGGGUUGUCGCGUGCACUUUAUCCGACAACCUUUCUCGAAGUAGCUGUAUACAUGUUGUGGUUCAAGUUUAUCCGUGGAUAAAUUUGAACCGCAACACAUAUAUAUGCUCAGUGAAAACAAGAACUUUAUCAAACAGUGACAAACAAACAAAAAUAAUGCCGUGUAUUAUGUUUUCAUUUUUAGGUGCGAUGAUGUUUCCUCAGAUGGUUGGGCCGGGGGUGCUCAUAGCUCAGUCAGGUUUGCGUCCUAAUGGCCUCGUUGAAGCAAGACAUACAGGGCUGCCAUUUGUUACUCAUGCAGUGCAACAAACUGUGGUAUCUUCAAGUUUAACACCUUCCAUGAACAAGUUGAAAAUUUCAUUAGAGAAUCCUCAGGUAUUAAAGAAACAAGUUAACGCCGAGAAAAGAGAUCAGAGUGCUCAAACAGUUGAGUGCAUAGGCCGUCCAUCACAUGACAGCCAUGGCCGUUCAAAAACAGCAUCAGUAAGUAACAGAAGGUUUCUUGUUGAUUUGUACAGGGGUACAGCAUGUGAGAAUGCAGAUGUCAACAAGAAUGUCACCCCCACCACAUUAUUGCUUUUUAAUGAACAGUGGAUUAUUUUACUUUGUACUUAUAGAAGGUUAUUGUGUUUUAUGUAAAAUCAUCAGCUGGCGCAAUCAUCGGAAACCUCAGACUCAGGAGUAGAAACUAGCGACAGCAUUGGAGUCAAUGAUGGUACGCUCCGUUAUCAUAGCGAACACUUUACAUAGUUUAAUAUUACCAAAUCAGGAUCAAGUGAGGUUAAGUUGUGGGUAAAUUCACAGGAGAGCCACUCAGUCGAGACUGAAAGGUUUCCAUUUUUUUUAAAAGACAAUCAAAAUGUGCGCACAAAUUCUAACCAAAAAAAUCUCUAAACAACUUCAUGUGGCCGGCGUCUGGCGCAGGAAAACUACACCGAGAAAGUCACAAUAGGCCAUUUCCGAGUUUCCCCGGGCCUCUGUUUCAAAACGAGGUUAAGUGCUCAGCCUUUGAUAUGGAAAUGAUUUUUCAUCCUCAUAAUUUCACAAGAAAGAUUGUGCACCUAGCCUCAUUUUGAAAGUGAGGGUUUUUGGAACUCGGAAGUGGCCGAUUUAUAAGUUUCUGGUUCUCUUCUGAUUGGCAGAGAAAAGAACGCGAGACAACCAAAAUGUACACAGAUAAUCGAUUUAAACAAUCAGAACUCAAAGAAACUGCAUGAAGCCGGCGCCGAGGAUUGAAAACACAUGCUUUUGAUUGGUGGAGAGAUUAGUGCAACUUUUUUUAACCAUUCACAAAGUUCAUUAAAGCAAGGUCUUAUCAGGUGCAAAAUUACUGUUAAGUCUUAGUAGAAAACUGCUCUAAAAGAUGAUAUCUUUCGGUUUAGAAUUUAACCUUGAGUUGCUGAGUGGUGUGGCCCUUUCGAAUUCCGAGGUACGUAUUCAUAGUUUUUUUUUGUGAACUAUAUAGGUGUGUAACCUCAAAAUAUAUCUCUCUUAAGGGACAUUUAAUUUUGAUGACACAGUUCUAGUUCUUGAUUGCUAAUUGUAAAGUUAAUUAGUAGUAUCUAAUGUAUCUAAUAGAUAAUGCUUCUAAUAGUAUCUAAUUAAAGCUAGUGUGCUCGGGUCUGAAAUGGCUAACAUCUAGAUGAUACCUAACAGCAGGUUUUUUUUGGUAGGGAUUUACAACCUACCUCAUUCACACCAACUAAACGUGUUUAAUUUUACCCGGUUAAAAAAAAAAAAAAAAAAAAAAAAAAAAAAAAUACAGGUUAGACUGGAACACAGAUCAGUUUUACACAGGAUUCAAAUGAAAUUCAACAGGUUUUGUAAUUUGCACUUAAUUUGCAAUCAACUCAAUUCAACAAAGAAGCUUCUAUUACGGAAACAAGUUUUCAGCCAUGUUUAACUAAACAGCUUUAAACAUUUUUAAGUUUUUGUGUUAAUGGAGCUCUGUGGCUCCCAGGAGUUCUCAUUUGUCACUUUGACCACGCGGAACCUCUGUCUCGAGGUAUGUCACUGCGCGAAAGUAGAUUCCAUUUCUAACUGAGCCGUGGGAAAACCUAGGGACUACAUGUAUGCUAGGGAUUUACGAUACAAACACACAAAUAAGACUCGAAAAUUUUAUUAAGCUUGCAGUAAACGAGAUCUGUCCAAGGUCAAGCCCACUUGAGGUAAGCUUUUCAUGAUUUGUAAAGUUCACUUUUAGUCUCAAAACAAUCUACUUUAGAAGGUUUUCAAACGAGCGGAAAGAACUAUUUGAGAGAGUUUGAUCAAAAGAUGUUGGGUUUAUAUAAUUGGUCAUAAUAUGAUAAAUUUUUCAAAACCUUUCCUCUUGAUGAUGUAUGGGUAUUGUUAGGAGAAAAUUGGAAUGGUUAGAUAGACUGCAGGUUCCGUAUUGCCUGUGCACAAGGAUUGCUUACUUUGAAGCAGAACAGCUAGUCGUAGUGUCUCUUAUAGGAAGUGAUUGUUAACCCCAUUCUGUUAAAUUUGAGUUAGUUUUCUCUACUGUACCUAGCCCAAUAAAUUGAGGGCUUGAAGAACUUCCUGUCCUCUCUUGGACAAGUGGAGUUUCUUGAUGGGCGAGUAACUUUAUAAGCUCACUUGCUCAGUGGCUUCCAAUGAGCAAGUAAAAUUUGUUACUGGGUCGAAUGAUUUUUUUUAUGUUUCCGACAAAUUUACUGGAAGUGAUUAGGAUGAUGAUGAUGACGAUGAUGAUCAUGAUGAUCAUGAUCAUCAUCGUGAUAAUAAUGACAAUAAUAACAACAGCGAUAACUAUAACGAUAUAUUCAUCAAUUAAAAGAGAGGAGAAGUUGUUACGUCACGUUGCCAUGGUUGCAAAAAUUUUGGAUGACAACAAACCAAAAACAUCUCUUAAAAAGUGAAUUCGCACUGUUUCAAAUUUCAUCGAUCUUAUUCAGUUGAAGGUUUGCGACAUUCUCUGGGGUUGAAUUCGAAAGUAGCACACCUGAGUUUAGAAAAAAGGAAUGUUCCAUGUCGUUGGAAAAAAAAUGUGAUGCAAGCGAGCGUUUAUAUUAGUAAAACAACAGUUUUACUAUUAUAAACCGUUAUUGUCGCCGUUAUCGUCGCCUGUUUACAUGGAGGUUGGAGACCCCAGUUAGGUGAGGUAAAAUAUGGCGGGUCACCCCACCUAUCAUGUAAACGUGAUCAAAUUAAAACGAGAGAUUAUAUGGACAAACGGGUUACCCCACCUAAGCGGGUUACCUCACCUACCUGGGGUCCCCCACUCCAUGCAAACAGGCCCUAAGCUCUCUAUUGUUGUGAUCCAGAAUUUUUUGCUACCAUGGCAACCGAACGUGGUGUCACACUUCUUCUCUCUAUUUACCUGUUUUUAAAAACAUUUCAGGGUGGAGUACCCUUCACGCUUAUUUUCAACAAGAACCUGCCUUAUGAUGUCGAGUCUGCGAUCGCUCGCUUUGGAAACCAUGGUGCUGUUCCUUUAAUAAAAUUGAAUGAACUUAACAUGAGGGGGCGAGUCCCGGGUGAGUUCCUUUAUUUCUUGGUAAAAGCUGGUUUCCAUAUCUCAAACCGCCCUUGGAUACCUUGUGAUGCCUACACAAAGUAAAAGCAUAUAUGUAUACAUAUAUGAGUGAGCCCUGACUAUAGUGAUUAGGGUUAAGCACUAACAAUACUGAUUAGGGUUAAGCACUGAAAAUACUGAAUAGGGCUAAGUACUGACCAUACUGAUUAGAGUUAAGCACUUAGAAUAGUGAUUAGGGUUAACGGUUAGCUUCUUUUUAGGGUUAGGGUUUUCGCUACGGUAGUUAAAUUACUCCCCCAAAAUAGCCAAUCCUCGGUGGUGUAGUGGUUAGGGCAUGGGACUACAGAUUUAGCACUCCAGGAUCGAUUCCUGCUCCUGACUCGAAUUUUUUUUUUUCCUUUGAAAUUGAAGAGUCUUGCACUUUGAUGACAUUUGUUGAGUAGAAACUAAGUCUCUGAGUCAAGAAACUAAGAAAUUUCAUGUAAGUGUAAGUGAAAAGGGAGAGGGCGGUUUGAGAUAUGGAAACAAGUGCUUACCUUAUUUCUUAGUAUUUAAGAGCAAUCGUGACGUAAAGUUAUCUUGUAAGCGUUUGGAACCCUGGAGUUAUACCAUAAGUAGGUUAGACAUCCCGUUAUGGAUGAUGAUCAUUACACGUUUCUGGGAAACUACCGACCCGGCUAUCCCUCCCCUAAGCCAACAUUUUGCCCUAAGUGAGAAAUAGGUGUUGAUGUUGACUUAGGGGAGGGGUAGGAACGUUAUCGACCGACUGAGUGUAGUUCUGAACAUUGUGGGACAGCCUGUUCGAAAGGCUUUACCGGAGUCAUAGUCAAUUGACUGUCUUCAAGAAACCAAUCUUAACGCUUAAAUCACCUUUGAGUCUUCAUAUCCAAUAUCAUUAAGGCAUUAUAUUAUUGACAGAUGACCAAUAUAAAAACAACAGUCUCAGAAAUGUUAUCAGGAGCCAAAUAAUAUCUAAAAUAUAUUGGUCUUGUUUGCCGUUGUCCAAACACUACGCUGACAGAUGGAGUUAUUGUUUGUGAAGUCUAGGCGUCCAUACAAAUGGGACCCUUGGAUAAAUAUAGCUAAAUUAUUAAAUGUCUCCAUUGAACAAGCAAAGAGAUCUACACAGGAUAAGAGUGGUUUCGCUGCACUGGUCGACCGUGUUUUGCCAGUGCAACUUCAUGGGGGCAUGCCCCUAGACCCCCUAGACACUCAGGCUCUUUGGGCCUUUCGUUACAUGGCCGUUGACCACAUUUUUAAGAUAUGGUAACAGGUUUACCGUCGUGGAGGAUUUUAACUGUACUGUACUGUACUGCGAUACAAUGAACAAUAACGCCAACAACUAGGGCUUUUAACUAUCAUACUUGAUUAGUUCAAUCCGCCACGCCAACUCAAAGUUGUGAACCACAGUUAUUUCGAGGCUUCGAUUGAAUGAUCUGUUAUCACAACAACAUCGUUAUUCAACAGCUUUCGAUGUCAUUACUGACAAUGCUUUUGGUCCGUAGGUAGCGCAUGCACUAUCGAGGCGGCCACAAGAUGAAAAAGAAAAGAUUAAAAUAAAAUAUAGGACCAGCAGCAAACUACGAUUGUAUUGUCAAUUGAUGACACUUGUUGUAUGUCAAAAUGAUUGCCUUUAAGGUCAUAUGGUGACACGCAUUUUACUGAAUACAAAACAAACUUGCCAAGAUAUUUCAAUGAAGUUGAUUAAGCGCUCAAAUGUGACAAAAAAGCGUUGAACGUUCACAAAUUUUUGUUUUCGCAACUUAAAAUGCAAAAAGUCCUAUAUUGUUGGACUUGAAACCUUUAACAGGCAGUUUGCAGCUAGCCAUUCACGUGGUACAAAAUCGCCAUGCUGGAGAGAAAAAGUCGAAAGUCGCAAUUGUCGUGUUCCAGUGCGACUUUUGCUCUCCAGCAUGGCGAUUUUGUACCACGUGAAUGGCUAGCUGCAAAGGGCCUAUUGGUUCGAAGCUUGUUUUCGCAGAGAACUAACGUUAGACAGUGGAUCCUUGAUAGGAGCGGUUGUUAGUAACCAAAGUAAUUUUGAAGCACCCGCCCAACUGACUCCUUCGCCGUUCCGCUUUGUGGGCUUAAUGCUUCACAUCUAUCUCGUGGUUCAUACACAGAACCAUGAAUCCAAUUUAUCCCCAGUUUCUUAACAUGAGGAACAAUUUCUUAAUUUAACUGUUUUAUUCCGUGGAACAAUCACGAGUUUUUAUAUACUGCUGUUUUUUGUUAUGCAUUUUAGCUGGACAGGCGCCAGGCCACGUAGCCGUCAAAGUACAAACCAUGAGCGGGCGUUUACUUGGUGAGACUACAUUUGAAUAUGUAGAUGAGGUCGAACAUGUACUGCAGAUACUCCUUCAUGACAGAAAACUACAGGCGAGGUAUUUUUAUCUUUUGGCUGAGAAACUUACAAGCAGGCCGAGUGAAACGGAUGACAAUACACACGAACCUCCCAAUUCCCAAGUGACAGGUAAAGCUCUAGCUUAAGCGAUGCUUUGCAGACGACUCGUCCAUUCACGGUAGUGAACUGGAAAUAUCACAGAAACGAGGCUUAUGCCGGCAAAUGUUUGCAAAAGAUGAUAUUAGAUAUCUUUAGAUUCGAGGACGCGAUUUAACUUUAAAUGUUUUAGUGCAUUCUCAAAAAAUAGACACCCCGAAAUGCCUAUUCACCAGAAAGGUUAGUACUUCUAAUACAUGUAUUUAAGUAUGUGUUUCCGCCACUACUGCAUCUUCCCUAAAACUCGUAGUAAAAUGAAGGCGCUGGUUCUAAUACAGUUAUUCCGAGAAAGGUUGUCGGAAAACGUCCACACGACAACCCCGUAAGGUAUCUUAGGUGGUUUUGAAUUCACUGUUCUUCAAAGAAAUUAGAAAGAAUGGCACGCGAGGCCACGGACUUAUGUAAAGGAAAGCAACAAACGUAUGUUCGACAGCUGCAUUGUCAGGAACAGCGUAUUGAUCAUAUCCCAUAUUAGAGACCUUAAGAUACCCCGAUAUCGGUGUACGGGUAAGGGUAGUGUACCCGUACACGUAAAAUGUUCAUGUGCGUGACUAUUUCGAUUAAGAUACCCGAAGAACAAGCACGCAAAAUUAACUUCGUACAUGCAUGUCGCUUAAUGCAUACAAAAUCUCCCUCAAAUUCUACACUUCAUAUCUUAACAACAAGCUGCAACAAAUAAUUGAUUCAUACAUAAGCUUAUUGAAAUAUCAUAGAAAGAUUUUAAGAAACUUGGCGGGAAUUCCCUCGACCGAAAGCUUGUUAUCGCAAACCCCGCCAUUUUGAUCGAGGCACAUCACCAAACAAUUCCUUUGAUUGUCAACUUCAACAGUGGCUCCCAUGCUAAAUAUUUCAAUGCUAUUUCUUUUGCGAAACUCAGACCUUCGAGCAAUUCUCAGAAAUGCCCCCCAAAUACCGCCACAAAUUGACAUCGUUUCAGAGUUCAACCUGCGCAUUUGAGGUCCAAAAUCACUAUACAUUUUGAAGCGCUUUCUUUACAGUUAAAAUUCAAAUUUGGCAAAAAUAUUUGAACAGACUUGCAAUAACAUUGCCAAGGAGUCAUACAAUUUACAUUUGUACUUAAAAAGUCUUUAAAACUUACUCGCUUCUCCAUCAUGUAGGACUUGCAGCUACUCGUAAAUCUUCUACGGGUAAACUGGUGUCUACCCCGGAAAAACGGCUGGUUCUACCGGGUAAGGUCGAUGACGUCACCACAAAAUGGAAAAAACAUGGCGCUACCCGUUACCCGUACACCGAUUUCGGGGUAUCUUAAGGUCUCUAAUAGCUUUCCGGAUUGUCGCUUGCACAUUUUUACCGACAACCCUUCCCGAAAUAGCAGUCCCCCACUACUACAUUUUCUCCAAAAUCCGUAGUAAAAUGAAGGCGCUGGUUCACGCGCGUGCACUUCUCAGUAUUAGGCUGAUUUAGCAACAGAACGGGAACGUCAGUUGACGACGGCGCGCGCAAAUCAAACAACUGUCUUGACCAAUGGCAGAGCGGCAAAUUGAGCACCGGAAGUCGAGUUUAGUCCUUUCCGCGCGCUUUCCCGUCGUCAAAUGACGUUCCCGUCCUGUUGCUAAAUCAGCCUAUUGCGAAAAUCACGAAUUCUCUUAGUCGUCCUCGUCUUUGAAUCUAAAAGCCUCUAUUGUUCCGUCCCAGUCGACUAUAGCCUAGUUAUAGGCGAGAUUACGAAUUUGGAUUCAAAAGAAGGCAAUUUCAGCGGGGCUAGGGGUGGGAGAGUUGAGUUAGAUUGUUGUAUUUGAACUGCUGCUCAGUGAGCGAGCUGUCAGGUAGUUUGCUGUCAACUGGUAUUUCAAAACAAGAGAGGUUGUUCACAUUGAUUACCUUAUUUAUUAUCGGGUGAAUACAUUUUUUCGCAGACCGGUUUACCGUGGAAAAUACAGUUACAUAGGCUCAUGAAUAAGCUUCCGAUUAUCUAGCAUGUCCAAACUGAAAGGAAGUAAUUGAAGUCCACUCAAGGUUUAGUUCGAACCUUUGAAUCUAACUGCGGUUCACUCUUAGAGAAAAGAAACUAUCCGAUAUUACUAAAAAAUGCUGUUUAAUAAAUUUAUUUUCAGGACGUACUGUUAAGGAAAGUGAUUAUGAAGCAGAUGAUGAGGCUUCUUCAUCUUCAGAUGACGAACGGAUUUUUAAUCCUGGUGGGUAAAAAAACACGAACAAAUUUAAUUUAUCUUAGUUUAAAGUUUUUAAGUCAGCAAAAGUUAGAUAUUAAAAGCUUAUAAGUUUAUUUAUUGGAAGAUUUCCUUGUCAGAAUGUUAGUAAAAAUGUAUAGAUUUCAAACCAUAAAGUCUUAAAUCAAGAAAAAUCGAAUAUUUGAAAAGGUCUUGUAUUUAGUUCAUUUAGGGUUCAAGUUGGAUUCAAAUUGCUGUAUGUGCAGCUGCAGCUUACUCUUCGUAAACAAAAACAAACAAACAGACAGACAGACAAAACAAAACAAGACCAGAGCACUGCACUGAGACUAUAUGAUUUACAUUUUUAAUUCACUUUCUUAAAUAUUUGCUUUUUGUUUAAUCCUUUUCAGGUACCCUUGAUUACAAUCACUAUGAGAUCGAGACCCAAAAAACAAUUCAGACUGAUAAUUUUGAUUUAUGCGGGGAGCGUGAUAGUAUAAGUAAACUAUUUGCGAGCCAAUUAAUGGGAGCACCGAGACAUCAAAACGGAAACAAAGACCCUUCUUUAUGGAAAACAUAUCAGACGGGCAAUUAUGAUUUGCGUGAGGAACUUGGUAGUACAAGAAAACUAUGUGCGAGCCAAUUAAUGGAAGCACCGAGACAUCAAAACAGAAACAUAGAACCUGCUUUAUGGAAAACAAAUCACACUGAUCAUCGUGAUUUCUAUGAGGAGCUUGAUGGUACAAGAAAACUAUGCGCGAGCCAAUUAAUGGAAGCACCAAGGUAUCAAAACAGAAACAAAGAAUCUUCUUUAUCGACAGAUAAAUCUAAGGAAUAUUGUCACAAACAAGAUAACAACGGUGGAGAACAGUUGAUAGAAAUGAUGCAUUUUAUAAGUUUAUUGAAAACUGAAGAUGUAGCCGUAAAAGACAGUGUUGAUGAGAUAUCGUCUAACUUACAGGAAACCCGAACAGCCAUAAGCCCUCUGAAUUCGUCAGGUAAUAUGAAGACUUUUUGGGUGGAAUUGUCAUGUAAAAGGAUGAGAUGUUGGUCAAAAUUUUUAAAGAAACCCAUGUUUUAUGGGGCACUCCCUUGUUUGGCCAAGGCGGGUAUGUGCCGCGGAACAGGGUAUGGUUAAUUCUUGUGCGAAACGAAAUGAACCAGCGUCGUGAAAGCAGGUCACUUCUGUUGAACAAUUUUUAUCUUGAGCAGGGUCAGGGUUUAAAGGGCUCGGCGGCAUCCCCCUGCCCAAACUUCCCUUGACUGCCUCCACCAGGGCUACGAUAUGACAAUACGUUCGCCGAACAUUUUCACCAAUCGUAUAGGGAUCGCAUCAAACCCAGUCUUAACCUGUUUGCUUUUUGUUGGCCUUUCAGUUUUACGAGUCAGAGACCACACAGAAACGCCAGAGUUUGUGUCUCAAGGUCGCCAAGACGAGAAAAGGAUAAAGAAUUCACAGGAUCCAGAAGUUGCUCACGAAGAGUUAAACUGCUUAGAUACAAAUGAAAAUUCACUUUCUGAUAAAAGCCGGCGGGCGAAUUGCCUAAAGGAGAGAAAUCAAAUGAAUAAUAAUCCAGCGGAAGAUUUAUAAAGGAUAUUAUAAACUUUUUGUAAAAAAAAAUUGGUUAGCAAUACAUCCCUGCUGAAAGGUACGUCAGGAAAGAACGGCACUGAACAAAAUUUACUGAUUUUGGUACUUAAUAAUGCUUCAAUAAAACUUAGUUUGAGUAGAUAUCAGUAUCAAACGCGAGAAGCAGCUUUUAAUUUCAAGACACCAAUUCAUGGAAGUGGGCUAAGAAUUGUUUGUCUAUAUGUCAAGAAACGCUUUUUUCGAUUGUUUGAUAUACGGUUAUUUUACAGGAGGCAGCGUGGUUGAGCAGGUAGAGCAAGGCCAUGCUUCCAGUAGUGUUUUUAAUACUGGCGAGGGUAAAUAAUGGAAUUAUUAUUAU